AUGGGUGGUGGCACUUCACUAUGGGCGUCUCCAGAAUGGAAGAAUGACCCUAAAGAGAUCUUUAACCGGAAACUCCUUCUUCUUGGAGUUACAAUUGCCAUGGCGGGUUGCUCUUAUGGGUUCGAUCAAGGAAAUAUCGGUGGUGUCAUGACAUUUGUCUCGUUCCGAAAGGCCAUGGGAUUCGACGACCUGCAGCCAUCAGAAGUCGACCAACGAGGUGGCUCAGCCGGUGCAUUGCUCGCAGCACCAUGUGCCGAUUUCCUUGGAAGGAAGAGGUCCGUGACAAUCAUGUCCGGUUUGUUCUUGAUCGGGUGUGCCAUGCAAGAAGUUCCUCGUUUGAACGUGCUGUACGCUGGAAGACUCCUAGCUGGCAUCGCGAUCGGUGCGACCUCGAUGGUGAGGGUUCUCAUGCUCCGCCAGAUCUACUGUUUAGCUAAUCAGGGAAAUCUGCAGUUAGCGCCUCAGUAUCUCGCAGAAAACUCCCCAAAGACUAUCCGAGGUUCUCUUACAACAUCCUACAACCUCAUGAUUGUCCUGGCGCUCUGUCUGGCCUUUUGGGUCAACUACGCCGUGAGCUUGUGGCCUAAGCAAGACCCCAACGAUAACACUUCUUGGCAACUGGCUUUGGGCAUUCAAUUGAUACCGGGUUUUUUUCUCUUCUGCCUUAUCUGGUUUGUGAUCGAAACUCCCCGUGCUCUCAUUUCGAAAGGAAAGAAAGAUCGCGGUCUUAAAAACCUUUGCAAGCUCCGAGGCCUGCCCGCGGAUCACCCUUAUGUUCACCAAGAGUAUAUGGAGAUCAAUGCCCAGGCCGAAUAUGAACAACGCCAGUAUAAGGGCUACAACUACAUUGCCGUUUUCAAAGAUAUUGGCACGAAUGCCAGCAAUCGGCGUCGUUUCUUCCUCGCCGUCAUGCUGUUUAUUUUCCACAAAGGCACAGGAACAGAUUCACUGAAUUACUUUGCACCUGAGAUCUUUGCCAUGAUCGGUGUGCCUCGUGGCUCCAGCUCUCUGUUGACUGUUGGCAUCUACGGUCUUGUCAAAUUGGUUGCGACAGUUAUUUACGUCACUCUCAUCGUUGACCGCGUUGGACGGCGCCUUCCACUAAUGAUCGGGGCAACAAUUCAAGCCUGCGCCAUGCUUUACAUUGGACUUUUCAUUCGCUUUGCCAAUCCCGAGGCAGGUGGUGGCACCUCAGCUGGUGGCUACGUUGGAAUCAUCUGGAUUUAUCUUUACGCUGUCGGAUGGUCUUUCGGUCACUGCGUAGCUCCGUACGUUGUUGCUGCCGAAAUCUUUCCGGCUCGUAUCCGAUCAGUCUGCAUGUCGUUCUGUCUGUUCACCAACUGGAUUGUGAACUAUGGCAUCACUUCUGCAACGCCCCACAUGAUGCGUACCAUGGGCUACGGAACCUUUCUCUUCUUCUCUAUCAUCACAUUCAUUGGUGUCGGUUUUAUUUACUUCUGUUUGCCCGAGCUGAAGGGCAGGAGCAUGGAGUCUAUGGACGACCUCUUCUCGCAUUCGCUGUGGUCGAUGUUCCGGCGGGCGUAUCCUACGAGCGAUGAACUGGUACGCCACGAUGUUCAGGAACAGCUCGCUCGAGAGGACAAGAAUGAUGGCACGCAUGUCUCGAUGGUUGAAGAACGGGAGGCGGAGAAGCGGGUGUAG